AUGACAGGGUCACAAAACCUAGAUUCUAACUUUGGAAGUCUUGGAACCAGGGAGGAGGAUUGGCCCGAUGUCGAUGGAGACCUUGAUACAGAGGAGGGUGCCGAGACCAUGCGUCGCGCCGAUGUAGCUUUACACGCGACCAUCGAGAGCUCCAUCUCUGAACGAAACGCGCAAUCAGCCCAAGGCGAGGAAAUCCCAAGGGCCCUCUACAUCAAAGCCCAGAACCAACAGUACCAUCUCACAGAUGACGAGCGGCAGCUCCUCCUUCGCCUCGGCGACGUCGUGGGCAAGACACUCGCUCGUCCUGAUUCCCUCUCGACGGAUGAGAUGCACCAGGCACUCCUCUGGCCUCCACCAGAUGUGGUGCGCGCUAACAUCCAACGCGCUACGGGUGGGCAGCUCAGCACGCCCAUCGAGCUCUAUGCCAAGGGGAAGGAUGCCUUAGAUCGCGGUCAUUUCAGCACGGUGUUGAACGACAAUGAAGUUGCGCUACUAGCGCGCCACUUUCACGCCAGAGACGAUGCAUCUUUUUCCGAGGUGGCUAUAUCGCAAGCUUUAGGCCAGCCUGGGGUUGCACAAGCCGUAGAGCUGCUGUCAAGCAUAUUGGGACUGGACUUCGCCGUCUCUCACGCUGCUCUGAUGCAUCAAGCGGGCCAGUUUCAACAAGUACGACAGAUGACACCGGCGUUCUCUGGCCUUGGUCCGAUGCAGUCCUUUGUCAUGCCAGAACCCGCAUCGCACGAGCCUCAGGGUCAGUCAAGGCAGAGACAACAGCCUGGCGAUGUCAUUAACGUCAUGAUGGCUCUCCAUGAGCAGCAACAGCUCGGUAAUCUUACAGACGAAGAGAUGGCCGCCCAGAACAGCGAAUACCUCGCUACCCUCCGAGCAUCUUCAGAGGUUCCAUCCCUGUUUUCUACCAUCAGUUUCCCGUCGUCAUGGCCCGCAAGAACUCUUCCGUCGCCCACUGGUCGCUUCGGAUCUGGCCCCUGGCCACCCACAGCUACGCCAUGCAACCCAAUCACCCUGUUCGCUGAUGAAGCGGGUAUCUCAGGUCACGAGGUCGAGCUUAGGUGGUCCGCACUAUCCGAAGAACAAAAGGCAAUUUACCGUGCCCGUUCAGAGACGCUGCGCCGCGAGACCUGGGCCCAGUAUGAGACAGCUCUGGCCGAAAAGCCGGCACCUUUUGCUCUUCCAUCUCCAGGAGAGCGGCAGCAACAAGCGAGGAACUCAGCAGGGCUUGCGAGCCGUGGAGAAAGGACUGCUGGGGUACCCGCACGGAUGGGGAUUGUCACGGGGCUGGGCAUAUUUCGCGGUGAGCAAGAGACGGAAUGGCAGGAGGUGUUGAAAAGAUGGGACAUGGAAGCCCUGUCUGAAGAGCAGAGACAGACUUAUGAGACUAAGGCUGCGACGGUUAAUGCUGCAGCGAGGGCUGCUUUUGAGGAGGGCAGAGUAUGGUGA